AUGGCCUUCAAGGCAGCGAGCAAACUACGAACGUCGAUCAACGCUGCAGAGCAGGGGGAUAUGUUUCUGUCUUUGGUCGAGUCUCGAAAAGCCCUGGUGCUGGCACUGACUGCCAUCCAUGACGAUUCUGUGGUUUCGCAACUGUACUUCUCAUGGGAGUUCAAAUAUGCUGUGUACCUGCCAAUAUCAAUGCCCAUUCUGGUGCCUAUCAUCACUUCGACUUGGCGUCUCAUGCAGUCUUGGCUGACGUGCAAGAAAGCAAAACUCUGA